AUGGGUUCGAGUACUAUGAAGACUGUCGCAGACGACCAGGAAAGCGUGAAGCCAGCUUCGAACCACGAGCUGGUUCAGCGGUUCUCUAUACUUUCAACUCUGGCUCUGGGGUUUAGUAUGACAAACUCAUGGCUGGGAUACUCUGCUACUUUUAUCACACCGUUGGACAUGGGAGGUAGUCCAAUGGUGUUCUUCGGUCUCAUCGUCGCAUCGAUUGCAUGCUGCAUUAUUACUGCCGGAUUGGCGGAGCUGGCCUCUGCUUUCCCAUCCAGUGGUGGUCAGUAUCAUUUUGCGUACAUGGUGGCAUCACCCAAGUAUCGCUCGCUUGUUGCCUUUGUGAUCGGCUGGCUGAGCAUUGCCGCAUGGUGCUUGACCAGCGCCUCGACCGCCAUCGUGUGCGCUCAAAUGGCUGGCAGUCUUGCUAGCAUCUACAAUCCUUCGUAUACGGCCGAAGCCUGGCAGACAUACCUUAUAUACCUGCUGAUCAUGAUCCUUGCCACGUGUAUUGUCUGUUUCAGUCCGAAUGUAAUUCCCAGGGGUGAAAUCGUCCUGCUCUGGUGCAGUGUUGCCGGCUUCGUGGCAAGUUUUGUUACGGUCUUGGCCACCCAACGUCACCCACAAUCUGCGAAAGCCGUGUUCACCGAAUACAAGAACGAAUCUGGCUGGGAUGAUGGGACGUCUUUCAUUGUCGGACUGGGAACGUGCAUGUAUGCCUACCUUGCCAUCGACGGUGCAACACACAUUGCCGAAGAGGUCCCUUGCCCAGCCAAGAAUGUCCCAAAGGCCAUGGGGAUGACCAUGUUGAUUGGCAUGUUUACGGUCAUUCCCUGGACGAUCGCCUUUUUGUUCACUCUCACCGACAUUGAUGCAAUUAUCAGCUCAGCAAUCCCGAUCCAUACCGUAUACAACCAAGCGACCAACAGCGAGACUGCAGCUACUGUUCUCACCGUGUGGAUUCUCUUCAUCUAUUCAGGGGCAUUGGUCUCCUGCGUAGUCACCACUGGGCGGCUCACAUACGCCUUUAGCCGUGAUGGUGGCCUUCCCUUUUCUUCUUUCUUCAGUCGAGUUGAUUCGAGGAACCAAGUCCCCAUCAAUGCAACUCUGGCAUGCUUUGGCUUUGUCAGUCUUUAUGGACUGAUCUAUAUCGGAUCAACCACAGCGUUCAACAGCUUCAUCUCAAUGUCGAUCAUGUCACUGAACAUCACCUACGUUGCACCCCAAGCGAUCGCAGUCUGGCGAGGACGUGAUAGCGUGCUUCCGGAGCGCCCAUUCCGUCUUGGACGUUAUGUUGGCACGUUCUGUAAUUGGUUCAGCACCCUAUGGGUAGCAUUUAUAUCGGUGAUGUUUUGCUUCCCAACCACAAACCCAACCACGGUCGAGAGCAUGAAUUAUGUGAGUGUGGUACUUGUGGGUAUCUCAGCUGCUAUUUUCGCUCUCUGGUUUGGCGGGAAGAGAAAGACUUUUGUUGGUCCAGAGAUAGUUAUUGAAGGUGCUGCUCCGGGUCACACGCACGAGUCGGAGUAA